ACAUGAGACUGAAAUAAAACUGUCCAUUUUGAGUGUUUGUUGCAGCUCGUCCCAGUCGCUAACUGCAGCGAACUGAAAAGAGGAGCGACCCAGGGAUGUGUGUGCUUUGGGGACCUUUAACAGAAUGUGACUGGCAGAACGGGUGUUGUAUGUGGAGGAUGAAGGCUGCAGUAGAUAUCUCAGAUAGGGGAGAGUGAGGCCUAAGAGGGUUUUAUAAAUAAGCAUCAACCAGUGUGUCUUGCGACGGGUAUACAGAGAUGACCAGUUUACAGAGUAGUACAGAGUGCAGUUAUGUGUCCUAUAAGGAGCAUUGGUGGCAAAUAUGAUGUCAGAAUGGUAAAGAACAUCUAGCCGCUCGAGAGCACCCUUACCUGCUGAUCUAUAAAUGAAGUCUCCGUAAUCACACGUCUGUCUACUUAGCUCCCUAUCUAACGCUAGUCAACAGAGUUUACUAACGACCUAGAUUAAUAUCAAUCCUUGAUUAAAUUCGAACUCACUCUUCUGUCCACACGCUUUAUCCUUUUUGUUUACGACAAAUGUGGUCCUUGUCUCCUGUUUAUAAUGCUUCAGAUGGUCUUCAUAAGCCUGUAGUCCAGUAAAAGACUGAAGACCAGAAGUGGUAUUUACCAUCAUUGUAGUGAUUGAGAAUUCCUCAGGCAACUCUAGCUAUGUCGGCCAUGAGAAGGUUAAUGUCCAUUAUGAACUGGGUUCGAGCCCUGAAUGCUGAUUGGCUGACAGCCGUGGUAUAUCAGACCAUGUAUUUGUACUCCUCAAAUUACGUUGGUAACCAGUUUAUAAUAGCAAUAUGGCAAUUCAGGGUUUUGUGAUAUAUGGCCAAUAUACCACGGCUAAAAGCUGUAUCCAGGUACUCUGCAUUGCAUCGUACAAAGAACAGCCCUUAGCCGUGGUAUAUUGGCCAUAUACCACACCCCCUCAUGGCUUAUUACUUAAUUAUAAACUGGUUGGUUUGAGCCCUGCAUGCUGAUUGGCUGACAGCCUUGGAAUAUCAGACCGUAUACCACGGGUAUGACAAAACAUGUUGUUUUCACUGCUCGAAUUACGUUGAUAACCAGUUUAUAAUAGCAAUAAGGCACCUCGGGGGUUUGUGGUAUGUGGCCAAUAUAGGGGGGUUAAGGGCUAUGUCGAGACACGACGCGAUGCAUCGUGCAUAAGAGCAGCCCUUAGCCGUGAUAUACUGGCCAUAUACCACAAACCCCUCUUGGUUUAGUGCUUAAUUCUAGUAUUCCAAUUCCUAAUUCUGUGGAUAAUGUCCACAUGCAGUAACUUCUCUUUAACAGCAGGUGGAAGCACUAUCCCUAUACUGAGAUAACUGCUUGUCACUAGUUACCACUGCUACAAAGUCACAUUUAGCUGUAUCGUAAACAUCAAUUGGCUUUUUGGUCUUAAUUUAAGGUUACGGUUAGGCAUACGGUUAACAGUGUGUUUAAAAUUAAGGGUUAGGUCAGGUUUAGGUUUAAAAUCACAUUUUUAAGAAGAUACAUUGUAGAAACUGGCGGGGUUUAGCCAAAAUGAGGACUUUGUGGCUAUGGUAACUACUAACCUACCGCGUUAAACUACGUCACUUCCGCUCUGACUCUCCCAGCAGGAAGAUGGCGGCUACUUCGAAAGAACACCGACUGUCCCAACAUGUCUACGCUACUCUACAGACCCUGUCAUGUUCCCUGGUGGAAGGUCUAUAUCUGCGUGAGGCUGACAGUAUGCAGGAACUACUGUGUACUCCAUCGCAACACCGCACCGACAUACUGGCAUGGAUCUGUAGCAGCAUCUGUCCAUCUCUCGGUAAGAAACUGCCCUCACUCAGAUCUAAAGACCCAAUCUCCCUCAGCCAAGAUGGUGUGCAGCACUGCCAACUUAACUGCUUCUGCUUACAUACCGAGCUGGCAGUGUUUGGCCAGGAGAUGAUGCUGUGUAGAACAGACGACCUGGACCUGAUCACGGGCCGGGCCUGCCCCCUGCGCCAGCUGUGGUUCCUGGAGCAGCUGCUCACUUUAGUGCCUGACUCCGUGGACAGCAGUGAGGACAGCAGGGCCGGAGGAGAGGGCCUACUGAAGGAACUCUUCUGUCCUGAAGCUCUGCCUCACCUGACACAUGCUCUCACCCCUACUCUCACCCCCUGGCCCUCUGAUAUCAGGUACACAGUCACCCCCUGGCCCUCUGAUAUCAGGUACACAGUCACCCCCUGGCCCUCUGAUAUCAGGUACACACUCACCCCCUGGCCCUCUGAUAUCAGGUACACACUCACCCCCUGGCCCUCUGAUAUCAGGUACACACUCACCCCCUGGCCCUCUGAUAUCAGGUACACACUCACCCCCUGGCCCUCUGAUAUCAGGUACACACUCACCCCCUGGCCCUCUGAUAUCAGGUACACACUCACCCCCUGGCCCUCUGAUAUCAGGUACACAGUCACCCCCUGGCCCUCUGAUAUCAGGUACACAGUCACCCCCUGGCCCUCUGAUAUCAGGUACACACUCACCCCCUGGCCCUCUGAUAUCAGGUACACACUCACCCCCUGGCCCUCUGAUAUCAGGUACACAGUCACCCCCUGGCCCUCUGAUAUCAGGUACACACUCACCCCCUGGCCCUCUGAUAUCAGGUACACACUCACCCCCUGGCCCUCUGAUAUCAGGUACACACUCACCCCCUGGCCCUCUGAUAUCAGGUACACACUCACCCCUGGCCCUCUGAUAUCAGGUACACACUCACCCCCUGGCCCUCUGAUAUCAGGGGUGCCAGGAAGGGUCAGAGGUCACUACCCAGCAGGCCGAGGCGAGGAGGUUGCUGGUGUCACAGCCUUGCUGGAGUCCACUCACGCCGCCCUGGAACAGCUGCAUGACCAGUGUGUGUUCCUGCGUGGGGAGGAGGCCAGUACUAGCCGGUUCUCCGUGUGCUCGUUACGCGUAGCUGUGUCUGAUCUGACCCAGAUGAUGAGUGUGUUCAGCCGUGUGUACGACACGGACUUCAGAUCCUACUGCAGCAGAGACCCUCCCAGCCUCAGAUCACACACACACAUCUUCAGCACUGUCCAUAGGCUGCUCACCGCCUGCAACACGGAGCUAGAGAUCCUGCAGCAGGUAUCAGAGGUGUCUGUAUGUCUGUCUGACACGGUGAAUGAGGUACACUCGACCCUUGCUACUGGAGUCACGGACACAAACGCACCCUCUCCACCCAGUUGGAGGACCUUACCAAGAGAUACACUGAGUUCCUUUCUCUUCACCACGGAACGGAUAGCAAGCUACCGCUAACCGAACCCUGAACUCCAGACUGAAGCUAGCAGGCUACCGCUAACCGAACCCUGAACUCCAGACUAAAGCUAGCAGGCUACCGCUAACCGAACCCUGAACUCCAGACUGAAGCUAGCAGGCUACCGCUAACCGAACCCUGAACUCCAGACUGAAGCUAGCAGGCUACCGCUAACCGAACCCUGAACUCCAGAGUAAAGCUAGCAGGCUACCGCUAACCGAACCCUGAACUCCAGACUGAAGCUAGCAGGCUACCGCUAACCGAACCCUGAACUCCAGACUGAAGCUAGCAGGCUACCGCUAACCUUACCCUAAACUCUACAGACAACUAUUAGCUUGCUACUGCUAACUCUCCAUGAUCACCCCCUGAAGUGUUAACUGUCCUGCAUUUCCAUGUUACAGUUGUUCUAGUAUCAGUGCUAACUGUUACGAGGGCAGUAGGCACAUCGUUAUCUAGCUUGGCUUUCCAUGUUACCAUCUUAGAUUUAAAAAAUGUUUCAAUACACUUGAAAUCACUGUUUUUGUAAAUGUUUUAAUGAGUGCACUAUAUAGGGUCCCAUUUGGGACAUUCACCACCGAUACAUCAAAUAUGUUUUGCUUUCUCAACACCAGAACUGCAGACAACAUUGUUUUAUGUAUAUCUCUGUGUGAUAUUUCUCUCUCUCUUGGUUGCACCGGGUCUCUUGAAAUGUAUUUUUAUCUCAAUGAGACUAACCUGAAUAAAUAAAGGUUACUACUUUCUGAA